ACAGAGAGAGAGAGAGAGAGAGAGAGAAAGAGAGAUUUAAACACAGCCACAGGUCGUCCGCCAUUCUAUCAGACUGUCGCUUGAACCGGCAGGGCCAGGACCGAACAGAAACCAGUUAGAACCGGAACCGGUUUCCUCCACAACCUUCUCCGUUUCUCCAGCAGCAGCAGACUACCCACACAGCAGUGACAACAUGCGCGAGAUUGUGCAUCUCCAGGCCGGGCAGUGCGGGAACCAGAUUGGAGCGAAGUUCUGGGAGGUGAUCAGCGAUGAGCAUGGCAUCGACCCAACAGGAACCUACCAUGGUGACAGUGAUCUGCAGCUGGACAGAAUCAAUGUCUAUUACAAUGAGGCUUCAGGUGGGAAGUAUGUGCCGAGGGCCAUCCUAGUGGAUCUGGAGCCGGGCACAAUGGACUCUGUUCGCUCUGGCCCCUUCGGACAGAUCUUCAGACCAGACAACUUUGUCUUUGGCCAGAGUGGAGCAGGUAACAACUGGGCGAAGGGCCACUACACAGAGGGAGCUGAGUUGGUAGACUCAGUCCUGGAUGUUGUGAGGAAGGAGGCUGAAAGUUGUGACUGCCUUCAGGGUUUCCAGCUCACACACUCCCUWGGAGGUGGUACCGGCUCUGGUAUGGGAACUCUGCUCAUCAGCAAGAUCAGGGAGGAGUACCCUGAUCGUAUCAUGAACACCUUCAGUGUGGUGCCCUCUCCUAAGGUGUCAGACACAGUGGUGGAGCCCUACAAUGCCACCCUCUCUGUCCAUCAACUGGUUGAGAACACAGAUGAGACCUACUGCAUCGACAACGAAGCGCUGUACGACAUCUGCUUCCGCACCCUCAAACUCACCACGCCCACUUACGGAGACCUCAACCAUCUGGUCUCUGCCACCAUGAGCGGGGUGACGACAUGCCUGCGCUUCCCCGGUCAGCUUAACGCCGACCUCCGCAAACUGGCCGUCAACAUGGUUCCCUUCCCCCGUCUGCACUUCUUCAUGCCCGGCUUCGCGCCGCUCACCAGCAGAGGCAGCCAGCAGUACAGGGCCCUCUCCGUGCCCGAGCUCACUCAGCAAAUGUUCGACGCCAAGAACAUGAUGGCGGCUUGCGACCCYCGCCACGGCCGCUACCUGACGGUGGCCGCCGUGUUCCGCGGCCGCAUGUCCAUGAAGGAGGUGGACGAGCAGAUGCUGAACGUGCAGAACAAAAACAGCAGCUACUUCGUGGAGUGGAUCCCCAACAACGUUAAGACGGCCGUGUGCGACAUCCCACCCCGCGGGCUGAAGAUGGCCGCUACUUUCAUCGGAAACAGCACAGCUAUCCAGGAGCUGUUCAAGCGCAUCUCUGAGCAGUUUACCGCCAUGUUCCGCCGCAAGGCCUUCCUCCACUGGUACACGGGCGAGGGUAUGGAUGAGAUGGAGUUCACKGAGGCGGAGAGCAACAUGAACGACCUGGUGUCCGAGUACCAGCAGUACCAGGACGCCACAGCCGAGGAGGGAGAGUUUGAGGAGGAAGGCGAGGAGGAAGUCGCCUAAGGCUAACAUCACGUUUUUGUUCUCAUCUAAACUCAUUUAUUCAUUUUCCUCAGCUCUGCUCUGAUCUUUCUCUAAUUUUCUUCUUUUUUGUGUUGAUGUUGUCCUUCCCCAGUUCUUUUUCUCUCUGCUUCUCCCAUUUUCUUGUCCUUUUGUUUUCUACCAGAGUAGGACUCACACACUGAACACCUUCUUAGUAGAGGUAGCUAACACAGUUGUGAUUGUGGUAUUUUUGUCAGUAGUUUAUGGUUCAUUUUUAUCACCAUCACUGGAUAACUUUCCAUACCUGGACCAGUUGCAUCACAUAUCAAAUUUUCAUUAACUGAAAUAAAACUUAUUGGAAAACGUA